UUUUGGGAUAAACUGGACAUCACCAUCAUCAUCCCAGGAGCUGCCACUGUCACCCAACCUGCUGACAUGUAUUCUAACUUCUGCAAGUUAAAACCACUGUCCCCUGAGGAAGCUCUUGAAGAACACCUUGUACUAGAGUCCAUCGCUUGGCCUAAAACUCCACCAUUACCAUCUCCUCUUUCUCUGAACAACACCAGUGAUCCAGCCCAUAGCACCUUCACCAUUCUCCCAAGGAAGAGGGGAGAACAGUGGUACAUAGGUGAUAAACUGGAGGUUAUGAUAAAAAUGUAUGACUUUCAAGGCUAUCCAAAGAAGUCCGGCGGAGAUGUCUUACUAGCCCGGCUGCACAACUUGACUCUUGGUGCAGGUGCUGCAGGGCAUAUAACAGAUUAUCUCAAUGGCACCUACUCUGCUGUAUUCUCUCUACUCUGGGAAGGAAGUGCACAGGUUCAGGUGAUAUUGGUUCAUCCCAGUGAGGCAGUCACAGAGCUGCGCAGGAUGAACAAAGAGGAACCUGACAGGAUCUUCUUCAAGAGCCAGUUCCGCUCAAGCUUGUUCACUAGAACGACCACGUGUAACGUAUGUUUACGUCCAACUGAGCAGCCUGUGUGUAACUACACUGACCUCCAUACAGGUGAGCCAUGGUUCUGCUACAAGCCAACAAAUCUGAGUUGUAAUGCCAGGAUCAGCAACUACAAUGGAGGAUAUAAAAAAAACCUGACAACUAUGGAGAAGCUUUUUCAGAGAGGUGUAAAUAUGAAAGUCUCCAUUCCGGCUUCAGGACCAGCCAGCGUCACCAUUUUGCCAAAACAGAAAGGUCAGUCAGAGGUGAGCAGCAGCAGUGGGGAGUCUAAACCCUCUGGCUAUUACUACCAGGGUGUGUGGCGAGCACUAGAUGGUUCCACAGUUCAACAGUUCAACACUUCCUCAGCCAUCACUCAGUGUCUGAAAGGAAAGGUGGUCCAUAUGUAUGGAGACUCCACAAUGAGGCAGUGGUUUGAGUACCUUAAUGCAUCACUACCAGAUCUAAAGGAGUUUAACCUGCAUAGCCCCAAGUCUAUCGGACCUUUAAUGGCGCUGGACUAUGCAAACAAUAUCUUUGUGACGCACCGCGCCCACGGUCCUCCUCUGCGUACUGUCAAUGUCCCAUCCAUGGAGCUGCAUUAUAUUGCCAAUGAGCUGGACAAUGUGGUUGGAGGUAGUAACACUGUAGUAGUUUUUGGCAUCUGGGCACACUUUGACAAUUUCCCUAUUGAGUUCUACAUCCGUCGACUGAUGUCCAUUCGCAGGGCAGUGGUAAGGCUACUGUCCAGGGCUCCAGGCACUGUGGUUGUCAUUCGGACUGGAAAUCCCAAAUCUUUUACACCCUCUGGUGCAUUUGUCAACAGCGACUGGUACACUUUUCAGCGGCUAAAGGCACUCAGGGCUGUGUUCAAAGGCUUCAAUGUCCAUCUGGUCGAUGCCUGGGAGAUGGUUCUGGCCCACCACCUGCCACACAACAUGCACCCACAACCUCCAAUUAUCAAGAACAUGAUUAAUGUUCUUUUAUCCUACAUAUGUCCUCAAAAGGUUGGAUAG